AUGGAUUCCUUCACCAUCUUCUCUGCCCUCUUCACCUCCUCCUCCGCCACUUCCGGCGCACCCGCUACCGCCGAGGCGGUGUCCACUAUCCUCCAAGUCCCAACCGACUUUGAGACUGGAGGAGGCAGUGGGAAUGGUGCUUACUGCGUUAUCGCUUGA